UAAAUGUGUUGGGGGCACUGAGUAAUGUAGCCAUUUCUGACCCGGCAGCCAGGAAAAUGUGAAACAAUUUGCUUCUGGAAACAGGACAGCUGGGGCUGUGUUCCUGCGAGAGCAGACCAACCACCACGGCGGACCCAGGCAAGCACGGAACAAGCCGAGAUGGUGCGUUUAAGCGGCAGGAUGAUAAUAUGGAUACAAAAUCUAUUCUAGAAGAACUUCUUCUCAAAAGGUCACAGCAAAAGAAGAAAAUGUCACCAAAUAACUACAAAGAACGGCUUUUUGUUUUGACCAAAACAAACCUUUCCUACUAUGAAUAUGACAAAAUGAAAAGGGGCAGCAGAAAAGGAUCCAUUGAAAUUAAGAAAAUCAGAUGUGUGGAGAAAGUAAAUCUCGAGGAGCAGACGCCUGUGGAGAGACAGUACCCAUUUCAGAUUGUCUAUAAAGAUGGGCUUCUCUAUGUCUAUGCAUCAAAUGAAGAGAGCCGAAGUCAGUGGUUGAAAGCAUUGCAAAAAGAGAUAAGGGGUAACCCCCACCUGCUGAUCAAGUACCAUAGUGGGUUCUUCGUGGACGGGAAGUUCCUGUGUUGCCAGCAGAGUUGUAAAGCAGCCCCAGGAUGUACCCUCUGGGAAGCAUAUGCUAAUCUGCAUAUUGCAGUCAAUGAAGAGAAAUACAGAGUUCCUACCUUCCCAGACAGAGUGCUGAAGAUACCUCGGGCAGUUCCUGUUCUCAAAAUGGAUGCACCAUCUUCAAGUACCACUCUAGCCCAAUACGACAACGAAUCAAUGAAAAACUAUGGCCUCCAGCCACCAUCUUCAAGUACCACUGUAGUCCAAUAUGACAGCAACUCAAAGAAAAUCUAUGGCUCCCAGCCAAACUUCAACAUGCAGUAUAUUCCAAAAGAAGACUACCCUGACUGGUGGCAAGUAAGAAAACUGAAAAGUAGCAGCAGCAGUGAAGAUGUCGCAAGUAGUAACCAAAAAGAAAGAAAUGUAAAUCACACCACCACAAAGAUUUCAUGGGGAUUCCCUGAGUCAAGUUCAUCUGAAGAAGAGGAAAACCUGGAUGAUUAUGACUGGUUUGCUGGUAACAUCUCCAGAUCACAAUCUGAACAGUUACUCAGACAAAAGGGAAAAGAAGGAGCAUUUAUGGUUAGAAAUUCCAGCCAAGUGGGAAUGUACACAGUGUCCUUAUUUAGUAAGGCUGUGAAUGAUAAAAAAGGAACUGUCAAACAUUACCAUGUGCAUACAAAUGCUGAGAACAAGUUAUACCUGGCAGAAAACUACUGUUUUGAUUCCAUUCCAAAGCUUAUUCAUUAUCACCAACACAAUUCAGCAGGCAUGAUCACACGGCUCCGCCACCCUGUGUCAACAAAGGCCAACAAGGUCCCAGACUCUGUGUCCCUGGGAAAUGGAAUCUGGGAACUGAAAAGAGAAGAGAUUACCUUGUUGAAGGAGCUGGGAAGUGGCCAGUUUGGAGUGGUCCAGCUGGGCAAGUGGAAGGGGCAGUAUGACAUUGCUGUUAAGAUGAUCAAGGAGGGCUCCAUGUCAGAAGACGAAUUCUUUCAGGAGGCCCAGACUAUGACAAAACUCAGCCAUCCCAAGCUGGUUAAAUUCUAUGGAGUGUGUUCAAAGGAAUACCCCAUAUACAUAGUGACUGAAUAUAUAAGCAAUGGCUGCUUGCUGAAUUACCUGAGAAGUCAUGGAAAAGGACUUGAACCUUCCCAGCUCUUAGAAAUGUGCUACGAUGUCUGUGAAGGCAUGGCCUUCUUGGAGAGCCACCAAUUCAUACAUCGGGACUUGGCUGCUCGUAACUGCUUGGUGGACAGCGAUCUCUGUGUGAAAGUAUCUGACUUUGGAAUGACAAGGUAUGUUCUUGAUGACCAGUAUGUCAGUUCAGUUGGAACAAAGUUUCCAGUCAAGUGGUCAGCUCCAGAGGUGUUUCAUUACUUCAAAUACAGCAGCAAGUCAGACGUAUGGGCAUUUGGGAUCCUGAUGUGGGAGGUGUUCAGCCUGGGGAAGCAGCCCUAUGACUUGUAUGACAACUCCCAGGUGGUUCUGAAGGUCUCCCAGGGCCACAGGCUCUACCGGCCCUACCUGGCAUCAGACACCAUCUACCAGAUCAUGUACAGCUGCUGGCACGAGCUUCCAGAAAAGCGUCCCACAUUUCAGCAACUCCUGUCUUCCAUUGAACCACUUCAGGAAAAAGACAAGCCUUGAAGAAGAAACUAGGAGUGCUGAUAAGAAUGAAUAUAGAUGUUGGCCAGCAUUUUCAUUCAUUUUAAGGAAAGUAGCAAGGCAUAAUGUAAUUUAGCUAGUUUUUAAUAGUGUUCUUGUAUUGUAUAUUAUUUAGAAAUGAACAAGGCAGGAAACAAAAGAUUUCCUUGAAAUUUAGAUCAAAUUAGUAAUUUUGUUUAUGCUGCUCCUGAUAUAACACUUUCCAGCCUAUAGCAGAAGCACAUUUUCAGACUGCAACAUAGAGACCGCAUUCACGUGUAAAGACUGAGCAGAAUUGAAAAAUUACUUAUUGGAUAGUCAUUCUUUUCUUUAUAUUGUCACUGUCACAACAAUUAAAUAUACUACCAAGUA